AACUCACGACAGCGUUGCGAGAUGUACGCGUCCGAGUUCCACACGCUGCACGAAAAGGGGAGAAGGCAAUACUGAAGUGCUUCUACGAUAUUGAGGAUGAUAAUCUGUAUUCGGUGAAGUGGUACAAGGGUCGGCGCGAAUUCUACAGAUAUACGCCCAAAGAGACUCCCCCAAUGAAAGUGUUUCAUUUCCCAGGCGUCAAAGUGCGGCGCAUCGCUUCAAACGAGAGCCAAGUUGUGCUCGACGCUGUACAAAUGCAAACAUCCGGUAAAUACAGUUGCGAAGUAUCGGCGGAUGCGCCCUCAUUUCAUACAUUAAUAGCGGCAGCCGAAUUGGAAGUUAUCGAUCCGCCACACACUCCUCCAUACAUAACAGGCAUAAGGCAGCGAUAUCGCAUUGGGGACAUAUUGCGCGGCAAUUGUACAUCGCGCCAUUCCCGACCCGCCGCGAAUCUCACAUGGACGGUGAAUAAUGAAGAGGUGAAUCCCUCGCUUGUCCGUCAUCACAAAAUUUUACGCGAUACCCGCACAGACAUGGAGACCUCUAUUGUGAGCAUACACUUUGUUGUUUCCGAUCAGCAUUUCGACAACGGCAAACUAAAGUUACGCUGCAGCGCACAACUGCAUGAUGUAUAUUGGAAGACCACAGAGAAAACCAUACUCGAGGCAGAUCCGUUUGCCAAAUAUGGUGGGAAUCGCGUGGGCAACGACGAGCUCUACGACCAGUAUGCCCUGCACGAGGACGAGCAGUUUCACAAUAAAAAGAACAGCUACCUGACGCAGCUCCAGGACCUGUUCUUUCCUUUUGUACCCUCAGGCGAAGAAGAUGAUGGCGCUGGUGCGGAAGAUGGCGGCGCCGCCUGGCGUGGGGCGCACAGCGGCAGCGGCUGUGGCAGCAACAGCAGAGCGUUAGAGGCGCGAAGUGUGGCGCUGCUCGGGACGCUGCUGGCUUUGCUCAGCUGGACGCUAGCCGGGCAAUUAGUGAAGCAGUCGAGGCUGCAAAGGCCUCUGGCUAAAGCUGUUUCAAAGGCUACAACAACAGCAGCAACAGCAGCAACAACAAAUAUAAGUCUAGUGCUGAAAAGCAGCGCGACGCAAAGCAUGCGGGCGCCACGAAUGCUGGGCAGUGGCCGUUGGGCGGGCGCAGGCGUGGAGGCCGACAGCAACAGCAGGCAAUUAACAUGA